AUGUCAAAAUCAUCUGUUAUUGAUGUUUUUCUAAGAGUCCGUCCUACUAAAAAUCCAUCAAAUCUCUUUAAACUUAAUAAAGAUGAGGGUACAGCUGAAUUCACAAUUCCUAAAAAUCCAGAUUAAGGGUACAUCAAUAACCAAAUUGAAAAACAUACUUUUAAUUUUGCAGGGGUUUUUCCAACCGAUACUACUCAAGAAGAAAUCUUUGAUAAAAUAGCAAAGGAUGUUGUUGAUUCAGCAAUUGAAGGUAAUGAAAUCCUUUUUUUAAUUAAGGUUACAAUGGAACAAUAUUUGCAUAUGGAUAAACAGGAUCAGGUAAAACUUAUUCAAUGACUGGAAAUCCUGAAGCUAGAUCUUCCGCAGGUAUUAUUCCACGUACUUUAUAUCAUAUCUAUGAUUAUGCUCGUAGAGAAUCAGAAUUAGUAAAAAUCUAUUUCAAAUAUUAAAUUAGAUAAUUGAUGUAACCAUUAGUUAUCUUGAAAUCUAUGGAGGAUCUGGAUAUGAUCUAUUAGUUGCGGAUAAUAGAUCCAGAAAUCUUCAUGAUUUACCAAAAGUUUAAGCUAUGGCAACUGCUAAUGGAUAAACAAUUUUAUAAGGAUUAUCUUUAAAAAAGGCAUAAACUGAAGAAGAUGCAUUAAAUCUACUCUUUAUUGGAGAAUAGAAUAGAGUUAUUGCUGAAACACCUAAAAAUGAUGCUUCAACUAGAUCACAUUGCAUUUUUAUUGUUAUUUUAGAAUGUCGUAAACCAACUUCAGAUGUUAAAACUGUAUCUAAACUAUGUUUAGUUGAUCUCAGCGGUAGUGAAAGAAUUGGUAAAACUGGUGUUGAAGGCAUUCUUUAAAGAGAAGCAACAGGAAUCAAUCUCUCUUUACAUUUUCUAGAAUUAGUGAUUGAUUGUUUAAAUAGAUAAGCUAAUGGUGAAAAUAUUCACAUACCAUAUAGAGAUUCAUUGAUGACUCUUGUAUUAAAGGAUUCUUUAGGUGGUAAUUGUAAAACAAGAAUGAUUGCUACAAUGUCUAGUGAACCUGAUGAUUUACCUGAAUCUAUAUGUACUUGUAGAUUUGCAGGAAGAGUGGCUAAUAUCAAAAAUAAAGUCACUAGAAAUGAAGCUGUUGAUCCAUUUAUCAUUAUUGAAAAGUUGAAAAGAGAAAAUCAAUAAUUAAAAGCUGAACUUGCUAUGAUUAAAGGUUAAAGUAUUAAGGAUCAUCUUGAAUCUUAUGAAAUAGAUGAAUGUAAAAAAAAAGUUGAUGAAUUUUUAAAUUCUGAAGAUCCUGCAGCUAUACUUGUUGUUAAUGAUCACCUUAAAAUGAAUGAAUGCUUUUUCUAACUUAAACAUAUGCUCAAAAAUUUAAAUAAAAAGGGUUCACUCUAACCUGUUGUUUCAUAACCAUAAAAUCUUACAACUAACAAUACAGUUGAAUUAUAACAAUUAAAUGAUGAAGUCUUGAGAUUAAAAUAAUUAAUCAUACAAAGGGAUAAUGAAAUCAUGAUCCUUUUAAAUCUUAUUCAAAAAGGCAAAGGUUCACAGGCCAAUCAAUCUUUGGUACUUUAAGGGCCUAUUUCAGAAUAACCUGAAGUUCAAUAGGCUAAUACAUCCAGUAUUUUAUAACCAAUUGAAUUUCCAAAAUAAGUUGAAAUUGAUAGAUAGAGUUAAAUUCUAACUGAGAAACCUGCGAUUAAAAAAUAGAAUUUUAUGUAAGGCAGUCUAGAUAGCGAACCUAUGAGUUAAACAACCAAAAAUACUACAACAGCUUAAUUAAAAGAAUUAGGUGGAAUGUUAUCAGAACCUAUAAAUAUUUCAAAUGAAUAAUUACUAGAUCGAAAUUCUGCUUUAGAAAUGUUCAGAAAGUCAUAUAGGAAAGCAUAAGCCUAAGAAGAUCUGAAGUAAGAGUUAUACGAUAAGAUGAUGACUAGUAAAGAAUUAGGUUUGUUUAUCAAUAAUCAAAGAAAUGUUAUUAGUUAAUUAAAGGAUAAAAUAGAAUAAACAAGAAAAGAAUAAGUUUUACUUGGAUUAGUCAGUAGUGAUCCAAAUCAAGUAAGCACAGAAGAAGAAAAAUUAAUUGCUGAAUAUAACAAAUAGAAAGACAUGUAAUUAAAUCUAAAAUUAAAAUAGAUAUAAAUAAUCAUUUGAUAAAUUAAAACAAUUAAAGGCAGAAGUAGAGAGAAUGAGUACAUAAUUGAAGCAUAGUCGGGAGAAAAUGUAAUAGGACUUUGAGAAAUGGAUAGAUAUGAUGUUGAAAUAGAGGAAUUUAAGUAUGGCUGCGACAUCAGUAUUAUCUGAUUUUAAGAAUUUAUCUUAGAAAGGAGGAGAGGAUGUAAAUAGUAUGGUGUAACAAUUCUACAAAAACAAAGAGAUAUGUAAUUAAUUAUUAUAAAAAUGA